AUGAAGCUAUUUCAUGGUAUCAUUGCCUGCCUUAUGGCUUUGCCAUUGGCCUUUGCUGCUCUUGACAACACAACCUCUGCGAUCCUUGGCUCUUUGCCCAAGUGUGCGUCGAAAUGUCUUGUGACAAAUGUCUUAGGCUCAACUUGUGACCUCGACGAUGUCCAAUGCACGUGCGAAAACGGACCUCUCCAGAAACAAGUCGAGAAAUGCGUUUUGACGGAUUGUACUGUUAAAGAAGCUUUGACAACAAAAAACGCUACUAUGACAUUAUGCGGCGCCCCCAUUCGAGACGUUCGACCCGACUUUGUCCGCACCAAUACUAUAAUGGGAAUCAUUUCAGGCGUAUGCGUCAUUCUACGAUUCGCGACCAAGAUCGUCUAUAGAGUCAGCAUGGGUCUAGAUGAUGUCUUUAUAAUGAUAACAAUGCUCAUCGCAGCCUUCUGUAUCUGCAUCAACGCUUUCGCCUCGGCCCCUUCUGGCAUAGGGACCGACAUUUGGACCCUCACUCCUGAGCAGAUAACGAACUUCGGCUUUUGGUUCUACGUUAUUGUCUUCACCUACUUCAUAUUGCAGACAACUAUGAAGCUCAGUUUGUUGUUCUUUUAUCUUCGUAUCUUCCCAACCAGGGGUGUACGCAAGCUUCUGUGGGCAACUGUCGCUUUCAUCUGCGUAAACGGGACAGUAUUUGCUCUUGUUGCUAUCUUCCAAUGCAAGCCUAUCAGUCACUUCUGGAACAAGUGGGAUGGCAACCACACAGGCUGGUGUGCUAGCGUCAAUGGUGUCGCCUGGUCCAAUGGUGCUGUCAAUAUUGCGUCGGACUUCUUAAUCCUCGGCGUACCCCUGUCGCAAUUGAACAAAUUGAAUCUAGAUUUAAACAAGAAGAUUGGAGUUGCAAUGAUGUUUAGUGUUGGUUCCUUCGUCACUUUCACCAGUAUCUGGCGACUAUACGCCUGCAUUGUCGCGGGAGUCAGCCACAGCAACAACCUAUCUUGGGACUAUCUUGCUAUGUCAAAGUGGUCCACCGUCGAGGUCAACGUUGGCAUAUGGUGUGCAUGCAUGCCAACAAUGCGCAUCCUUCUCAUGCGACUCUCAGGCCAAUCCAAGCGCUACAUCAACUAUGGCAGCAACAAGAGCGGCCAGGAUAGUAGCCGAGACGAUCCCAACAGACCGCGCACCAAGACAUACCCUUUGGAGAGAGGUCCAAGUGCAAGUGCAAGUGCGAACCCUGUCAAGGGAGGACGCUCAAGAACUCAGUCCACCGGUAUUACUUGCGAUACCAUUGUCGAGGUGGAGUUUGAUAGAAAUGAUGAUGAGACGCACUUGGUGCAUAUGAAGACCUUUGACCAUCCUAAGAGUGCUCGCUCUUUUACACGGUCUGAGGAUUCAGCUUAG